GAGAGAAAGCGCGUAAACAUGGCAAGAACCAAGCAGACCGCCCGCAAGUCUACUGGAGGCAAAGCCCCCAGGAAGCAGCUGGCUACCAAGGCCGCUCGUAAGAGCGCCCCGGCCACCGGAGGCGUCAAGAAGCCUCACCGUUACAGGCCCGGCACCGUGGCUCUGCGCGAGAUCCGCCGCUACCAGAAAUCCACCGAGCUGCUCAUCCGCAAGCUGCCCUUCCAGCGCCUCGUCCGCGAGAUCGCUCAGGACUUCAAGACCGACCUGCGCUUCCAGAGCUCCGCCGUCAUGGCUCUGCAGGAAGCCAGCGAGGCUUACCUCGUCGGCCUCUUCGAGGACACCAACCUGUGCGCCAUCCACGCCAAGAGGGUCACCAUCAUGCCCAAAGACAUCCAGCUGGCCCGACGCAUCCGCGGAGAGAGAGCUUAAGCUGCCUGCCUGCCUGCGCUAUACAAACAACAACAACGGCUCUUUUCAGAGCCAACUCACUCUCUCUGAGACAGUAUUCUUCAUGCAAUUUCAGUAACAAACUCCUGUUUAACAAACAUUUGUCGUUUGAAGCUGACAUUUUGCU